CCCCGCGCGCUCGCUGGCCCCAGCCCUCGCCCGCGCUCAGCAGCUGUCUCCCGUGCCCACUGGCCCGUCUCCUGUCCCGCGUCGCCUCCUUCGCCUGCCUGGGUGGCCGCCAUGGGCCGGAAGCGGCUCAUCACUGACUCCUACCCUGUAGUGAAGAGGAGGGAGGACCCCGCCGGGCGCAGCAAGGGGGAGCUGGCGCCGGAGCUAGGGGAAGAGCCCCAGCCCCUGAGCGUGGAUGUGGACCAGACGGAGCUGGAGCUGCUGAGGCAGUUCGACCUGGCCGGGCAGUACGGCCCCUGCACAGGGAUCACGCGGCUGCAACGCUGGCAUCGGGCACAGCAGAUGGGCUUGGGGCCUCCCCUGGAGGUGCAUCAGCUGCUGCAGACCCACCUCGGAGACCCCCGCUACCAGCACAGCCUCUGGCACCUCUAUCCCCUUUGAGGCACCACCGAAGACCUGCCCGCCUCCUGAGAUCCUCAGCAGAAGCAAGAGGUGGAUGCUGCCCCUCGGCUCAGCUCUGCUAUGGAGCACAUUCGGCGGGACGGUCUCAGAGGGAGGGGAAAAGGCUGAACCUGGAGGCUGCAAGACUCAACAGCGCUCCCCCGGGGCGCUGCAAGAGCCUUCCCAGCUGAAGCCCGCUCCUCCCAGACGGAGGGUGGUCUCUGAGGACAAGGGCGUGGCCCCAGUGCCCACCGUGCAGCCCCUGGCUCCAGGGAUGGUGUGGCAGAUUAGGAUGGCCGUUGGCAGAGCCACACUGGACAGACGAUCUAAGGGGCCAAGACGCACCUCCCCCCCUCCCCCCCACAGCUGGGAGUCUGAGGGCAGAACUAGCUGAACUCAGGGUAAGGGGUUCACACUGCUUAUCAAUAAAGAACAAGGAGCCUGGAAGCUUGCUCUCCAGUCCUUAACGUGGCCCUGAUUUGGCUGGUAGCACCUGCCAGCUGACAAGUGGGAGAGCCUCACCCUGCCUCCUCUUGCCCCCUUUACCCGGCAAGGUACCCGGAGGCCAGCAGCAGCCUCCUCACCUUAUGUCUAUCUGAAGGGAAGAAAAAGCUAAGAGACCACAGUCCUCACAGGAGCAGGGCGGCCUCUGGCGCCCCCUGGUGGUGCACAGGGAACUUGCUCUUUAAUUUCGUUCCUGGGCAGCCAGGGAAAAACACACCUGACCUGCAGCCUCCUGCCCACGGUGCCCAUCUCACGAAAAUAGGUCCUUUGUUGAAAGUAGGUCCAGGGGACCCAUGGUGUAUAAAGUCAGACAGACCUACCCAUUCCCAGCAAGCACCUCUGCUCCCCACGUUGGGGGCCACCUGUAUCCAAAAUAGAAAGGGAAGGUCUUAACUGCAGAAACUCCUUCAAGAUGGCCACCCUCUGUGGGGCGUGGACACACACACACACACACACACACACACACACAGAGUAUGUGUUGAGAAGGGUGGGGUGGUCUCCUUAUGCAGCAGCCAGUGCAUUCAUCCGGGGGCAGAGGAAGGCGGCUCCAUGAACUCCCUGGCCUAAGCACCACUGAUCCUAUCAGCCCCCACUUUGUUGAGUACUGACCAGGCCUCAAGUAUGUCAGAUGUGUUCCCCCAAUGUCCUAAUGAGCCAUCAGGCAGAUUUUACUGACAGGGACCUCGUGCCCAGAGGCCCCGCAAGUACAUGUGGCCCAGAGACCAGGUGCAGCAUAUUAGCUCUUCCCACCAGCAGCAGCCCUGCCCACGAGUGCCCACUAGGUUCGGGUGUCAGAGAUCCUCCUGGGGUGUCAUUAGUAGUGAGGAGAUGGACAAAAACCAACAUGUAAAUACUGUAUCGGGAUGGCUGGUGGUAAGUGAAAUUGGGGUCAGAGCCCAGAGGAUGUCUGAGGCCCCAGAGGGGUGGGCUGGGGAGCCUCUCCAACCUGGUGGCGCUGGACAGAUGCUGGUGGGUUUUAAGUCAAUAAAUGACAUAAUCUGAUCUGUGUUUUUAAAACAUUCGUCUGGGGCCUCCCUGGUGGCACAAGGGAUUGAGUCUCAGUACUAUCAAGCUAUCAGCAGCCACUGCAGCACAAGUUUGAUCCCCGGCCAGGGAGCUGACCCACAUGGCACGGCAGACCUUGCCUCUCUCCUGCUGCUCCCCUCAGCAGUAGAUUUCAGUCGAUCUGCCUGUUCUGUUCCCCACUCUGUCUCUGGUGAAUCCUAUCACCCACCCCCACACCUGUGGCCUGCACCCUAGUUCUUGUAUGCAUAAAUAAAUAAAAAUAAUCUUUAAAUAAAUGAAUAAAACAUUCCUCUGGCCGGUG